CCUCGUCCACCAUCACAACUUAGCCUUAUUGAUGUUUACAAUAGAUUGUCAAAUUAACGCUCGAGAGCGAGGCGUAUAUAUAGCUGCGGAUUUGAAUUGAUACCAGAUCAACAACUCUUUCAAUCUGCAGUGAUGUCCACCUCGCCUAAAUACGCACCUUACUCACCCCAGGCAAUCAAAGCCAACACGAUUUCGGUUGAAUCCCUAGGAGUGCAAUACAACAUCCACUCCGUGCGAAUCACCUGGGUCGAUCUAGCCAACGUUACUAGUUUCCGCGUUGUCCCUCUCAAAUCCUUCCAUCGCCUCCUCGCUUCCUCCAGGCCGGGUAUAACCAUCGCCCAAUGCGUCUUCGGCUUCGUGAUUAACAGAACCGCACCUGGAUUUGGGCCUAUAGGGGAGUACCUGUUUGUCGUCGAUUUGUCAUCCAUCAGGUUGUGUUCCUACGCGCCAGGACAUGUAAGUAUUAUGGGCUGGUUCCAGGAUAAGGUCCCUGCUCCAGGCCGCGUCCUUGGUACGGGUGUACCCAUGUGUCCACGAUCGGCACUGCAUCGUAUCGUCAACACCGCCAAAUCUUACAAUGCCGCGUUCCUUGUUGGAUUUGAGACCGAAUUCAUUCUCCUCAAAAGCACAGACCCGAUCGAGGGGGUCAAUCCACAUGGGUGGAACAGCGCACGAGCGCUACCUUCGGGAACCAAGGAAACAGAAGUGAUCGAGGAGAUUGCACGUGGGCUCAUCGAAAGCGGAAUCGAACUGAUGAUGUAUCAUUCUGAAGCGGCGCCGGGGCAGUAUGAGGUCAUAACUGGUCCACUCCCACCUCUUGAAGCUGCUGAUGCGCUUGUGCACACACGGGAGACAAUCACCAACGUUGCAAGCAAACACGGGUUUCGUGCGACGUUUGCACCAAGGUUACAUGCCGAUAACUGUGGCAGUGCAGCUCACACUCAUAUCUCCGUACAUCCUAUCAAUUCCGAGCAUCCAUCCAAAUCGCCUGCAGGCACGUCAGACAAUCUUAUCACUCCCCUCGAAAGCGUUUUCCUGGCUGGUGUACUCAGACACCUCCAAGCUUGCUGUGCAUUCACGCUCCCCCUACGUGCCUCCUAUGCACGCAUGCUCGAUGGAAUUUGGAGCGGCGGGACAUGGGUCGCGUGGGGAAGGGACAACCGUGAGGCGCCCGUACGCUUGUGUGUUCCUGCUGCAUCUUUAGAUCCAAAUCCCGCAACCAACGCUCCCUCGAAAAACCAUUUCGAAAUAAAAUGUGUAGAUGGCACGUCUUCCCCUUACCUCGUUCUUGCCAGUCUCAUCGGCUCUGGGCUUCUUGGCAUCCAAUCUCAAGCACCGCUCGUAGAGCAAGAUUGUGCUACGCCCGCUGCGCUUAUGACUGAGGCAGAAAGGGAGGCAGUGGGUGUUACGCGGCGGAUGCCGAUGUCUUGGGAAGAGGCAAGGGCUGCAUUGAAGGCAGAUGAAGAAUUAAAGGGUGUUCUUGGAGUCCUUGUAGAUGGAUUCUUAUCGGCGGGAGAGUUACUGGAUGAGCUUCUACGCUCUCCAGCAAGUGAGAUGAAGAAAGUGCAGAUGCUCGUGGAGUAUUUUUAAGAUCAGACGGGCUCUUAGGUUUCUUUGAUUGUUCCAAGUUUGGAUAGCGCAUGAUUCACUUGUUGAUAUCAGUGUCGUAAAAAUGAUGUUCCCCAGUUUCAAAAAAUGCCAACAUCGUUCACAUC